AUGAAUGAAGAUAUUUAUGUUGGUCCACCGGUCCAAUUUCGUACCGGCAUUGAUCGCUUGACCGUUGAUGGCUACGCCAGUCUAUUACCCCUACUAACUGAUGCCAAAUAUGCCAAGAGGAAUACUAGGGUCUAUUAUCGUGACCACCCAUUUUAUUAUCACCAAUUACUACCCGUACAAUACUUUUCUGGCAUCCCAAACGACUACUGUGCUAUACCAGCGCAUCUUUCACAUGCUGCAUCAAACCGAAAUAAAUUUCCCAACGUUGUACUCAAGUGGUUCCCUAACGGCAAAUCCCUUCUAGCUGGUACUCAAGGAGGCAAGCUCAUCGUCUGGAAUGGACUAACCUUCCACUUUGAAGACAUAAAAAGAUUCCCCGUAAGUAGUGGCAGUGUCACUGCUCUGGAAUGGGCUCCCACUGGUGACCUAUUAGUAGCAGGUGAUGAAUAUGGCAAGGUUGCCCUGCUAUCUCAAGCUUUAAGUUUGCUAGAUACCAAGAUUUUUGAGGGGUUCUCCAAGACUGUUUAUGACCUAUCGCUAUCACCGAAUGCCAGUAAACUUGCCGGUUGCGCAGACUCAUUUGCUCCAAUCAUUUGGGAUGUCAGCAAACGUGCAAUAGAACGCCGUCUCACUGGUGAGCAUAUCGACGCUUCCAGUGCCACUUGCCUUCAAUGGCACACAACUAUGGCCUUAGUAGCUGCUGGAACUAGGACAAACUGUAUUCAUUUAUGGGAUCCAAGGGCUGAUGGUAGUGCUGCCACAAUUCACGCACACAAAUCGGCAGUCAACAAAAUUCAAUUCAACCCAAAGGCGCACACAAACAUAAGCAACGCUUUACUAAGUGCUGGGAGGGAUGGAAUGGUCAAAGUAUGGGACCUGCGUCUAUUAACUACACCUACACAAGUGCACAAGCUCCCUCAGGUGCAAGAUGAGCCUACACAUGUCAAAUACCCCCAGCCAUGCUUCCCCAGCAGCAUUGCAUGGCAUCCCAUCCAAACCAAUAUAUUUAGUGUUGCAGAUAACAAGUCUCGCAUAAUGUACUACACUACGGAUUUGCAUCAGGAGAUGAAGUUGUUGCAUAUCAACCUACCUCAACUACCAGACCGUGACGUAUGUACUCUGUCUAUGGCUUGGCACCCAUUGGGUCACUUACUGGCCUCUUGUAGCGAUGACAAGUUUGUGAGAUUUUGGUGUAGAUCUCCUCCUGGAGGCAUUAGGGGCCACUGCUUGAACGUUAAGAUGCUGCAAGACAUACAUUACAAGCAGCAGGAGUGGCAAAAGAGCGCCGCGGUAAUAGCGGUAGAAGCUGCAGGUGGCUCUUCUCCUUCUUGUCCCUUUUCAGUAUCCCGAUUUAAAUCGCAUAGCGGGGCUGUUAACGGGUGGAGGAUUGGUGACUUGGCCAGUAUGGAAAAUUUCAGAGCCAAGCAUCAAGAUUAG